AUGUCAACGGUUGAACUAAAAUUAUCCAAGUUAGAUCAACGACUGAAGUUGGCUGUCAGCGAACGACGUUUCUAUGAGGCUCAUCAACUAUACAAGACCAUACAUUUCCGUUGUAUUAUGCGGAAAAAUUAUCAGGAAGCAUUAAAAUAUUUGAAACUAGGUUCUGAGUUUUUACUUGAUAAUGAACAAUGGGAAAGUGGUACUGAGUUAGCUUGCCUUGUACUUGAAGUGUAUAGCCAGAGUGAAACAGUUUUGACUGAAUCUCAUCUAGAUGAAAUUUGUGAACUUUUGAUACGAAUGUGUCCUGGUGAAGAAAGGACACGUUUUGUCCACAAGACACUUCAACUUCUACAGAAGCAAAAAGAUCUUCUGGCUGUGUUCAAUGGAUAUCUCGCUCGUGUAUUGUGGCAAGAAGGAUCUUUCAGUGAAGCAAGGUUGCGUAUCAUGUUAUCUUCUAAUGGCUAUGCGGCUGGUGUCUUCCUUGUUGCUUUGCAUCAGCGAUACGGGCUUCGAUCAGAAAUCGAUUUAUUUAUUGCACAAGCUGUCCUUCAGUUUUUAUGUAUGAAACAAAUCUCAGUUGCCAUAUUAACGUUUUACACAUAUACACGACGUCACCCUCGUUUAGAGCCUGGGCCACCGUUUGCAGAUUUUCCUUUAUUAAAUUUCCUAUGGUUUCUGAUGUUAGCCAUUGAAAAGAAGUGCAGUCUAGCUGUAUUUUCAGUACUAUGUGAAAAAUACAGUCCCCAACUGAACAGAGACUCUUCUUAUUUAAAAUACUUGGAUAAAAUCGGCCAAUUAUACUUUGGUGUUAAACCUCCUGCAAAUGAAAUGAAUAAUUUUUUUUCACGGAUAAUGCAAAUGUUUAAUGAUGGAGACAAAAUGGAGGAUUCUGUGUCAAGUGAUGACUUAGGUCGUUGUGCGCUGAAUGGGAGUACCGAUGUAAAUUCACCAGAGGAAAUGUGUUUUGAAGAUGUGGAUUAAUGAUUCCACAUAUAUCUCCACCAACUAUACAGUGCCUUUCGAUUUAGAGCUGGUAGUAUGCACAUACUCAUCUUUAUAGGCGGAUUACAAAUACCUACCCACGUAACCGACAUUUGAAUUCUGAG